UCAAUGAAUGACACGGUGCCGCAAAUGUCAAAUAAAAUAAACAAAAUCUUUUACUAGCUGUCAAGCUGACAGUACUUAGUAAGUUUCCAAAAAUGUGGAUGAACGCAUUGUGUAAAAAAAAAUAAGGUCAAGAACCUUGAAAAAUAUUGAUUCUCUUCAAGAAACUGUGUUGAACACCGUGGAAGAAAAUGUCUGACGAAGAAGAUACAGCGAUUUUACUAAACAAUGCGACUCGGAACAUUGAGCCAUCUGUCAGCAAGCCAGUGACCGAGGAUUAUCAAUGUAUUCCUGCAAAGAAUCUCAGAAAGCCCAUUCCAAAACAGACUGACAAUUUAACUCCUUUAACGUCUACAAAUCAGAAUAUUCUAGUCUCUAUUGUUGCCAUUGUCGCAGGAGUAGCGUUUGGAUAUGAUAUGGGGAUUGCAAAGCCUACAGCUCCAUUGAUCAAAGAUGAAUUUAUGUUAAGUUGUUUCGAAGAGGAUACCGUUAUUAAUAUCUGGUUUGUUGGUGCACUUCUUGGUGGCUUAACCGGUGGUAUUUUAAUCGACACAUUUGGCCGACGAUGGGCAAUGAUCCUGAUGUUGGUAUUUCUAACAUUUGGUUCGCUAUUGUCCGCAUUAGCCAGCCAUUAUAUCCUUCUUUUAAUUGCUCGAGUGAUCUGUGGCUAUUCAGGCACGGUGUCUUCGAUAGCGCACUGUAUCUACAUGGCAGAGGUCUCUGACACGAAUAAACGCGGGCACAACAUCAUGUUGUAUCAGUUUGGAACAGCAACUGGACUUCUACUAGCCGUCAUACUGGAAGCCAAUAAAACAGCUGAUUGUCAAUGGCGAUUCGCAAUGGGAGUAACUUCUGUACCAGCCUUAGCGAGUUGUAUUAUCACUAUAAUAUUUCUGCAACGAUCGCCAGCCUUUUUGCUACUCAAAAGAACCGUGCAUGUCUCUAAAGCUACAUCAAAGCAUCCAUGGGGUAACGUUCUGGAAACAUUGCUCAUAAUGGCGAUUGUUUUAAUUCUGCAACAAGAGACAGGCAGGCAACAGGUUCUGUAUUACGCACCCAGACUGUUUGCACUGCUUGGCAUCUGUGCGAAUGUUGCUCAGAUCACUGCUGUCAUCGCUCUUGGCAUCGUCAGAGUCUUCAGUACGAUACUAUCCCUGGUAGUGGUAGAAAGAUGUGGCAGGCGAACCGCCCUCAUAACUUCUGCGACCAUCUGCAUGACCGCAAUAUCUCUGUUAUCUCUGCUGGCUACUUUAGACAGAGGUGACGAGACCUUAAGUCAGAUCAACACGCAAUGCAUGAACAGCAUCAAAGCCAAUUACGCGAGCAAUGGUAUCAGGAUGCCAGGCGAUUCAGUCGUACCGACUGGAUCGCCACCACCUUUCCCUUUACUACCAACUCCACUGGCCGUGGCUGCUCCAAGUCCAGAAACCUGGACCCAGGUGAAGGCAUCCUGCGAAACCCAGAAUGUCAUCACUUCGGAAGGUCUCACCGGUGGACUGCGUAUCUUGGCAGUGAUAACACUACUAGUCUACGAAGCAGCCUUCGCCCUGGGCCUAGGUCCGGUUCCCUUCUUAACACUCAGCGAAGUCUUCCCAGCUACUGUCAGAGGGAAGUGCGUCAGCUUCUCCGUAGUGAUCCUCUGGAUAUCCUACAUCGUGGCCAUGGAGUCGGUGACCAAAAUCACAAAAUCGAUGACCUUGGCCGGCUCCUAUCUGUUCUACAGCUUCGUGUGUCUGAUCGCGAUAUUCUACGUCUUCCUGCUGAUACCCGAGACGAAGGGCAAGUCGCUGCACCAGGUCGCCCAGGAACUGCGCAAGAUUUCUCUGGGGACGCGAGUCUGCAACAACUUGCGUAGCCUGCCGCUAGUCUGUCAUCUAGAAUGGAUCAAGAGGUUCGGGGAACGGUCCUCGAAUAGCCAGAGCACGCUUAUUUGAAAGUACAGACCCAAAAGAGGCCGCGGACGCGGAUCAGAAAUCGUCACAUAAGCGGCGACGCGACUUGGAACCUUAUCAGCGAGCGGAUCCGCGUUAUCACCGUAGAUUCGCGCGCCGUUCGUUGUACGCCGAGGCGGCUCCCUGUAAAUAAUGGCACGAUCGAAUUCACGGAAACUCAAAGACCCUUUUCGAAGUUGUCGACCCGAUUGUAUGAUCGACUUGUGCAAUUCCCACCUCCCGAAAUUCCGAGUGACCAAACAUAACGGAGCCAGUGAAAAUGCCGUAACGUUGUCGGCGUGAUACACCAAUGCCCUUGUUAAAAAGCUUGAGAAAAGGAAGAGGGCUCGCUUAAUUUCUUCCCUAAAUUCAGUUAAUCGGAAACUCCGCAUUCUAUCUGCGUUUUAAGGCACCGGUGAUUUUUAACGAAUUUCGAUAUUCCACGUCUAUGUACCGCAUCGAUGCUGCACAGAACUGCCGAUUUCGAGGGGGUAAAAGAUGCUUACGACUCGAUUUGAAGUGUUCUUUUCGCUCUAGAGUGUUUGGUAGAACUGACAUGGUUCAGGAAAGAUUAUUCGAGGUCUUAGUGAAUAUCUUGUCGGCGGUGUUACGAGAUCGUGACUGUCGAAGAGUCUCGCCCCUCCGAACCGAUGAAAGUUUUGUAGAUACAGAUUUAUACUAUCUCCCUAAACUGUUAACGGUAGUCGGUUAAGUUAUUUUAUAUAUAUAUACACUAUAGCGACCUGUACUUAUUCCCUGUGCGUAAGUAGAAGUAAGCGAAAACUUUCGGUACGACUUACCUCGUCGCAGUGUACCGAGUGAAAAGGGGGAAUACGAAUACUUCUCGACAAUCCCGCGUCUUAUUCCCCGAGGGAAAGACGAGGAACGAUAUUUUUAAGCGUCCAAUUACCAGAUAAAUGUAUUCGAGUACUUUGAUUUAGUCGCUGAAGGUAUUUAACCGUGUACCGUCUAGAGUGAGGCCCAGCAUUGCUCUCGUUAGCUCUAGUUGUCCGAUCGUCAACGAAGUACGUUUAGAAUCGACUUAACUGCUCGAGGUAAUUCAAUAUCUGUACAGUAGUCCUUCCACUUAAUUUCAUUUACUCGAGUCCGAUAAUCCUAUAGACACGUAGGAUCGUUGUUGGCAAAAAGUAGCGAAAUUAGGAAAUAAGCCUUUCACAAUGGCGUUUGUUUUCUCUCCGAAACUUUGCGACCUUUGAUCACCUCCUCGCGAGUUAUACUCCAAGGAAAACGUUCACCUUAUCCGAAGGUCAAUUUAAUUUCUACUUGUAAAACAUCUCCUGGACUCCGAUUUUUAUUCGCUACAAUAAACCGUUUAUUCGCCUUUUUUCCCCCCCUUAAA